CGCGUAGCCGUGCAUAUUGCUUUGUACACUUGUACAUACUCUACAUACUUUUGGCUGUACUUUACUGUCCUGUGAUAGUGUGGUACAUGCGCGCACACAAUCAGAUUGUCAGAGUACGGGAGUGAAUAGGGAUAAUGUACUCCGUAGAGACCGUGUAGACAGGCGAUCAGCACUGCACCGUGACCACAGCUGUAUGUGCAGUACUCCGAAAUGGUUCUCGCCAGUCUGCAAUCUCUAUCCAGCCAGUUUGUUGCACAAACACCAAUCCUAUCCCCUUCCGCUCCCUUCCCUCUGCACCGUAUCUCCCCCUCCCCCCUUCUCAAAGUCGGACCCCACCCCCUAUGGCCAAAGCAAAAGAAGAAGAAUCAAAAAAAGUCAAGACUCAAGACCACUUAUCCGUGUCUUGUGUUUGAAAUUCCGCAUCCACGCGUACCAACCUACGUAUGUACCUAUGUACUAGUAACGGUGCAAGUACUUACGUGGAGCCCGGAGCCGUCAUUACACAUUCGGCUACUGCCUCGUACUGUACAAGUAGUCUAUCGCCCUGGAAUGUGGGAGAGAGAGGAGACGAAUGGGAGUCUGGGCGCGGUGGCCGCGUAUACACAGCGGUAUACACACAGAGUUAGGCUAGGAGGUUUCAGAUGCGCCACUCCUCCAUAGGAAUAAUGUGAAAUGAUGAUGACGCGCGCCACUGCAAAACAUCAUCCAACAAUCCAGAUUCCAGAUUCUACAUAC